AUGCCAACUGCUCCGCCAAGUUCCAGAGACUCAGAGAUAUCUAAUUUUUCAAAAUUGUCGCCUUUCGAUGGACGUUACUGGGGUAAAGCUAAUGACUUUGCCUCUUUUAUCAAUUUCCGAGUACUUGUCCGGAUUAAAUUGCCUCUGUAUCUUUCAAAAGUCCCUCAAGUCACCGAAGUUCCAUGCUUUUCAAAAGAUGGUGAUGUCUACUUGCAAUUCAUAUUCGCUGUGUUUAGCAUUGAUGAUACGUUGGAAGUUAAUAAGGUCGAGAGAGUAGCAUAUGAUGAUGUGAAAGCUGUGGAGUAUUUCUUGAAACAAAAGUUUGAAUCACAGCCAGAGAUUGUCAAGGUUGGUAAACUUUCUCUCUGUUCCACCAAGUACUUAGCAACAUUAGAUAAUAGUCUUUAG